AUGCAGGGUCUCCCUACCCCUCCUGACAGUCGAGCAAGCGUUGCUUCGAGCACACCCCAUUCACUGGCAGCAGUAAAGACCAUCGUUAACCCCAACGACACGAGUGCAAGUACAUUUUCGCAAAUUCCAGACCUCGGAUGCCUUAUUAUGGAAACACUUCCCCAAAUGUUUCAAGAAGAGACCCAUCGUAAACUUGCUACAGUUGAAGAGAUCAAGCAUUUGAGAGCGGAGAACCAAACGGUCAAGACCUUAUGCGAUAGUCUCAAGGAAGAGCUAGCCAGAAUGACCCAAGACACUGUCAAGCUACAAGAAGAGUUGAGCGCAAAAUCCCGAGAGAGUGAUGAAUGGGCACUUCAAGCGAAGGAAUGUCAGGCCCUGUUAGCUGAAGCGCAAAGCAAAAUUUCUGGCAUUGCCAAAAUCGUAGAGGCAUCAGACCAAAGCGAUCGUAAUUCAGAGCAGGUUAGAGACACUAGAAUGUUGAUCCGGAUCCCACCUCUUCCAAUCAACAAUUCGGAGAGUUCAAGCGCGUAUGGCCCACCAUACCGCACUAGCGCUAAUGACCAAUCAGCCUACUUUAGUCAUGAUGGUUGUCGACGUCGCUGUGAGAAUUGGCACUUUCCCUUUCACCUGUUUGCGUUUCUUCUCCUCCUCAAUGAGCUGGCCUCUCUGUCGUCGCCUAUGUCCAAGACGCCUUUGACCAUCCAUGUCGUGGACGCCCUCGACUGGCCCCCUCUCCAGGACUACCACAUCAACACCCCUGGCUCUCUCUUCCCUCGCAGUGUGAAGGACGGCGACGAUGGAUUCCGUCUGACACCGAAUGGGCCGUCAGACUGGAAUGUAGACAGCAGGACACCGUCAUCGAGCCAUACUUUUGGCUUCCCGCUUUCUCCUCGUUCACCCCAGCUUCGUUCUCGGCGUAAAUCUGCUGCUUUAUCCACCCACCUUCUUCCUCCAAAAACACCAUUCGAAAAGCAAAAGCACCGACUUCGGCGGUACACUGCUGCUGAAACGCAACUCGCUCGUAUAUCGGAUCCAGUUUCACCUUCGCCUGCCGAGCUUUAUGCGUCUGCUCUCAAAUUCAGCGUUCGCUCGCUGGCUUUGCGUAUCUUCGAAGCGCAACAAAUGCUGAGAGAAGUAACUCGAGAGAAGAGACAAGACACGGCGAGGUGGAUGGUCGAGCAUCACGUCGCUGAUUUGGAACUCCUUCAGGGCAACCUGAAGACCGAGCUUAACCAUGGCUCGAGAUCCAAAGUCCAACCGGAUGACGACCAGAACGAUACCAACCUCGUUCGUUUCCUUGGAAGCGCCAAGGUAGUUCCUGUAUUUACACGUCGAGUUCGCCGCCCACAGCCACAAAACCGGAUACUCGCUGCUUCUAUGGUGGAGAGUAGACGGAUGGCCUCCAGCUCACCAAUGCAACUGCAAACUCAGUCGUCAUCACUUCCUCGGCACGAUCCUCGUAGCGAAUGGUCCUGGGAGACCCGUAUUCGCACUGUCCUUCUUUAUCCCAACCCUAAGCCGCCACAAUUACCACUUUCAUCAGUCGAAUCCAACCUUAAUAUUUCCAACAGCAGUCGAAGCACCACCGAAACUUCGACUUCUUCGUUCUGGACCACCACUCCGACAAGUGAAACCUUCAAUUUCAGUCCCAUCGACGAGAUUCCAGACCCAGACACGCCAUUGUCCGAGCUCAACGAUAUAUUCGAAGAGGAUGAAGAUGAAGACAUGUAUGAGGACUAUCCCACGUUCAAUCACAACUCGGCGUAUUCGCGUCCUUGGAAGCCGUCUGUUCCUGUUCCAACUGCAAAGCCAGCCGCGCCACCUCCACUUGCAACCAAUUUCUCUCCCGAUGUGACUUAUGGCUGGUUAGCGGACCCAUCGACUUGGACCUCACCUUCAACUUGGCAGGGCGACGGUUGGGAGGUCUCGUCACCAUCAUCGUCUCAUUCUCGUUCGUCCUCUCUCCUGGAACCUUUGUCUGCCUCGACCAUUUCACCCUCUUCACCUUACCAAUAUGGGUAUCCUGGGUACAGCCAAACACCCUAUUCAGCAGCAACUGCACCAAAUCCGCGAACUCCAACCCGCGAUCGGUCGCAGUCUUCCUCUUCUCCAUCACAAAGUCGGUCUAGUUUCUGGGCAUCCAUACCAGGGCGGCACCGACGGUUACAAUCGCUCAAGCCAGUUUCUGCCGCUGAACGAGAAUCAUAUGCUGUAAAACCACUUCCUCCAGCACCUGGACAAACGGCCACGCAAUUGUCGACACCCAUAACGCCACAAUCGGCUCCCCUCCUCGGUUUUGGUACAUCCAGUCAUCGGAAGGAGAAGGAUAAGGAGAAGGGACUCAGCUUCAUUGCAGGCCUUGUGCGAAAAGCGACUCUUUCGUCUCACAACCGAGUAGACGAUGUCGCUGAGCCUAGUCCGACCCUGUCGGACACGAGCUCAGUGUUCAGCUUUGGCAUGGGUCAGAAUAAACUCCGCAAGCAGCGGAGUGGACUUCGUCGAAUGAGCAGUCAGCGAAGCUUGACAACAGCCAGCAUCGUUUAG